GACUGCAUCUUUAAACAUGCAAUUCUGAGACCUUGCAAUGUCUUAUCUAUUUCUUUAUGCAUUUGUACGAAAAACUAUAAGUGGUCCUCUUCAUACUUCUCUUGGAGAUGUAUCUACUUUCUGUGAGGUAGCAUUACGUUGUGUGGCUCUUAGGGGUACAACUUUACAUGAUUUGGAAUAAGUUAUAAAAACCUUAAUUCAAAAUCGGAUUGUUUAUAACCAUGGGGAUGGACAAGUUAGUUGUCUUUGCCGUUUGUUGCUUGGUGAUGAUUUCCACGGCAACUGCACAACUCGGAGUAUGCGUGCAGUUCAAUAACAAUGAUUUUACUGGUAGGACGCCUCUCCAGUUAAAAGAACUUCGAGAAGACGCUCCCGUUGGUACCUUAUUGAGGAAGUUCCAACCUCCAAGUGACGAGGCGACAGGCGUCAUCAAAUAUGACACUUCGAUUGAACUGGAAGGAACUGAUGCUUCGUUUUUCUCAUUUGAUCAGAACACAUUUGAACUUAAACUAGCAAGACCUCUCAAUCAGAAGAAAACGUGUACGACGAAGAUAAGAAUUCCAGGGUACUGCAACAUUAGAAUAUUAGGUUCUGAAUCACUUUUACCAUUCCGAUUUCUGAUUGAAAUUCCCCUUGAAGAAGUGAAUGACCAUGCUCCACAGUUCAAGCAAGCGUUUUAUGUUGCAAAUAUACCAGAGGCGUCCCCUAUCGGCAGUGAUGUCAUUACUCUUUUUGCAGACGACCACGACUGCUCUGUAGCAAACAGGAGAGUCUCAUAUUUGAUCCAGGAAGCAAUACCAGACAACGUUUUUACGAUCAAUGGACUUAAUGGAAGGAUGACGCUGUCGAAGUCCGUCAACUAUGAAAUCGGCCCCAGAACAUACACCGUAGCAGUUUCUGCUCAGGAUGGCGGGGACCCACCACGUGCAAGCACCACUAGGUUAACGGUAAAUAUCAUAGACAGCGACGACCAGCCUCCAAAGUUCCAAUAUGAGGAGUAUAAAUAUCAGGUGGUAGGAGCAAAGCCGGUCAACUCAGGGAGGGGUUCGCCGCUAUAUAGUGCUUGGCCUGCGUCUCUACGAGCCUUUGAUCAGGACUUUGGCAUAAACCAGACAAUUCACUAUGCCUUAGAUAAUAUUGGAAGAGGGGUCAAUGGAUUCUUUGAUAUCGACACUGAGACGGGGCAGUUGAUGCAGAAACAGACUGUGCAGAAGUUUAAUGGGGCUUAUCCGGAAUUCCAACUCCAAGUUAGAGGCUACCAGGCAGACAGACCUUCUAUGAGUGCCACAACAAACGUCAUUGUGUCAGUCCUCGAUCUCAACGAAGACACGCCCACAUUUGACCCCGCGACUUACAAUGCACGGGUCACAGAAAAUAUGCCUGUGGGAACGAGUGUAACGACUGUGACUGCAACUGAUUCAGACUUUGGUGAUAAUGGUGUGUUUGAGUACCAAAUGACGGACCCAUCGGGCACAUUUUCUGUGGAUCCACAAUCCGGUGUAGUGAGAGUGGCAAAUAGCUUCAAACUGGACAGAGAGGCUAAUGAGAGAUUCACCUUAUACGUGACUGCACAAGAGACCAAAUCUGUUGCGAAAAAGGUCAGUGAUCCAGUGGCAACAGUUACUGUGAGACUGGAUGACAUCAACGACUCGCCGCCAGUGUUCAGCCAUGACGAAUACAGAGCAGCUAUCAAUGAUAAAGUCCCAAAAGGAAUUACAAUUCUUCAGAUGAGAGCAACUGACGCAGAUCUAUACGAGAAUGGCAAUGGUCAGAUCAGCUAUUCAAUCCAGAGUGGGUCACCGGUUGACUGGAAAGAGCGCUUCGAGCUUGGCUACGACGGAACCCUGAGACUUGCCAAGUCAAUGGGUGAUCUAAGACGAGCACGUCUAUACCCGGAGUACCUGCUUCAGGUCGUUGCUGUGGACCAUCCAAGAAACCCAGCCAACAAAAAGAUAAGUGUAGUGCCUGUCUACAUCAAGACGCUAGAGACCAAUGACUAUCCUCCACAGUUUGUUGGUGCUCCUUACGAUGUAGAUGUCAGUGAGAUUGUCUCUGCAGGGACUAGCUUUACAAAAUUAUUCGCUUCCGAUGCUGACGGUGACGAGGAAUACAUCCUAGAGUAUAGCAUUGUUAGUGGUAACGAUGACAACACAUUCAACAUACAAGCAGGGGGAUGGCUGGUUACCCAAAAACCAUUGGAUCGGGAAACUGUACCAGAGUAUAACCUUGUAGUGAAGGUCAGCGAUGGGAAGUAUGAUGCAACAGCAGAUGUACACAUUACUAUAGGAGACGUCAACGACAAUCCUCCUACGUUCCAUAAUGAACUUUACCAAUUCGACGUGUUGGAGAACUCCCCGAGUGGCUUCGUUGUCGGGUUGGUCGAGGCGACUGACAUGGACAACGGAACCAAUGCAGAGAUUGACUAUGCUAUCAUAUUUGGUGACGAUGCAGGGAUAUUCAAGAUACACCAGAACGGUAUGAUCACAGUGAAUGGAUCAAUAGAUAAGGAACGAGACUCUAGAUACGAUAUCUUGAUACUGGCUGCAGAUAGAGGAAGUCCUAAAACACAGGGUCUAACUCGAGUGAAGAUAGAAGUCGGAGAUGCCAAUGACAACAGCCCAGUGUUUUCACAAGAAAUUUACAAUGGCCAGAUCAUCGAGGACGAUUCGGAUCCACAGCCCAAUAGGACCGUGCAGAUACUUCCGGGAAUCAGUGCGAGAGACAAUGAUGUAGAUAAAGUGAACAGAGACAUUGUUUUCUCACUACAAGGUCCCAACAGUGAGCUAUUCCGUAUAGACCCCCAGGAUGGGACCGUCAGGGUUAGUGAGCUAGGCGUCGGUAGGCUGGAUAGAGAUGCUCACCCUACAGGCAAAUACAGCUUCCAGGUGGUUGCAACUGACCAAAACGGCGAAGGACGUAACACUACUGCAAUGUUGGACAUAGACAUACGCGAUAGAAAUGAGAACGGUCCUAUAUUGGAGUCAAACUACAGGUUCAGAAUCCCAGAGAAUAUUGCGCUAGGAACAAGUGUGUACACUGUACAGGCGUUGGACCAAGAUGCCACUUUCCCUAACCACAAGAUCAUCUAUAUUCUGAAAAGUGGGGGUCACGAUGUUUUCCAAGUGGACCACCAUACAGGUGAAAUUACAAUAGCAGAUGUCCCAGACCGCGAGUUGAGAGAUCAAUAUACACUAACCAUUAUUGCAUUGGAUAUGGGCCAACCAUCCCUUGAGACUACAACGACUAUUGACAUAGAAGUAGUUGAUGUCAACGAUAACAAGCCAGAGAUUGAGCCAGCUGAGUUCUCAGUACGUGAGGAGCUUCCUAAGGGGACUUUGGUAGGAAACCUGAAAGUUAAAGAUCCAGACCAGGGGGCUUCAGGGGAACUAAGGCUGUAUACCCUUGAAAAUGUUCCAUUCGUGUUCAACUCGGAUAAUGGUGGGAUAUACACCACUAAAAGACUUGACCGAGAAGAAAAGGAGGAGUAUAAAUUCACUGUCUGGGCACAGGACGCUGGCAAUCCACCUUUAUCAGGAUCUGCCGAAGUCAAAAUCAAACUCAUUGACAUCAACGAUAGCCCCCCAUACUUCGACCAGCCUGAUUAUCGCCAUUCUUUGAGUAGCAAUUUCGCAGUUGGUACACUAGUGUCCACGCCAAAAGGUGGAGACAGAAGCGAUACAACGCAGUCCACUUACACGUAUGACUUACUCGGCGAUCGUGCUGAUAUGUUUGAUAUCAACCACAGAUCUGGCGAAGUGACUGUUGCGAAGGAUCUCCGUGAGCUAGCUGGUGGGAGUAUCGCCUUGACUCUUCGUAUCACAGAUGACCAGGAUUCCAAUAUGUACUCGGACGCCAAACUGCAACUUGAUAUUUUUGAGUGUCGGUAAUAAGACUUUAUAUGCAGGCCCAUAUGUUCUGUUAACUUUCUUUGGAAAGACGGUUUUGAAUAAAACUAGAGUGGCGUGGGAAAUCUAGUAGCUAACCCGGCAAGAGCUAUUAUACAUUCGAAAGAUUUUUGACGUAAU